AAAUCUUACUAUUAUCACAGAUUAUAUUAAACUUAAUUUAUAAACUAAAUUAAAGUUUAAACUAAGUUAAGUAAUAACUAAAGUUAUAAAAUCUGUGCUAUUAAGUUCGAAUCUUGUAUUAAUAUUUAAUGAUUUUAAAUUUUCAUUGUAAUUACUAAUUACACAAUACAUCUAAGUCUAGUGUCCACCUUUAUUGCUUAUAGUCCACCCUUUUAUAGAAUAUUUUAAAUCUGUUUAUAUUAUACAUAGUAAGAUAAUGUAUUCUUCAAUCGUAUUUCGAACUUGUCGUAUUUCACAGUUUAGGAGUUGUUUGAACAAAGUAAAUACUCAACAUCCUUUAGCCGCAGCAGUGUGCCUCAAACAUUCAUCCACCGAGUCCAAGAUAAACAGUGUCAAUGUUCAGACUAACGACGCAGAGUGGAAAAACAUCUACAUUGGAACAUUGGGCCCACGAAUCCGUAACUUGAAAAUUGUAUCAUUUAUGACCAGCGCUAUAGGUUUGUGUAUUCAGCCAAUGGUGAUACAAAAAGCUGCAGAAGUGGGCAGUAGUUUAGCAGCCACCAUAGGUGUAUGCACCAUUGCUGGAUUCUUCACAUUUAUUACACCAGCACUCAUUCAUUUGGUAACAAGAAAAUAUGUGACGUCUAUCGAGUAUAACAAAAAAACUGACGAGUACAAUGCCACAAUUAUUUCAUUGUUCUUAAAACCUAAGAAGGUACAAUUUAAACCAUUUGAAGUAAGAUUACCUUUAACACAGAAAUUAACGGUCACAUUUUAUGCAAAAGAAUACCCCCUAUUUGUGGAUCCACAAGCAUUUGAUGACGUAAUGCAUUAUCAACGUAUAUUAGGUUAUGAUAAGCCUUUCACAUUCGAGAAAGAAGAUGAUGAUAAUGUUAUAAGAAAACCUGUAGUUAAGGCUGCUAAUAAGAGUUAAGUUUAAAUUUUACUUAAUAGUUGUUUAUUAUUAUUUUUUGAAUCUGUUUUGUAAAUACAUACAAUUUCAAAUA